AUGUCAGUGGAAUCGGAAUCGGUUGGGUUCAUCGGUUGCACGAAAAUGGAGCAGCUAAUAUCGAAAUCGUCUCCUUACUUUUACCCCUUGUCACUGGGAUUUACUGCUUUAGUUCUCAUUUUUUCAGUUGUGUUUACUUACAAAAAAUUGCAAAACAAUCGGCACCCAGAGCCUCGAUCUGAACGGCCAGCAAAAACCCAACAGCAGCAAAAGAUGGAUUGUGAUAGUACAAACAAUGAAGAUAACCCUGGAGGUGGAGAUGGUCCAGUAUAUCCACCAAAUCUCCAGCCAGAAGUUGACCCUAUGACUUACUGUGAACACAUACAAAGUGAAGUGAAAAAGGCCAAGCAGCGAGUAACAGCCAAGAAAUUCAACAAAGAACUGACAGAAGAACAAAUAGAAGAGGAGAGAGAGGUUCAGAGGAAACAACUGCAGUCAAUAUUCGAGAUGAUGAAGACAGACAGUGAGAGGUUCGGAAUCAGUAGCCUGGAUGAUGUUCAGAGUCAAAUGAAACUGUAUGCAUAGUUCUGCCUUCUGUGUCUUUUUAACCAAAUUUUUUUUUUAUAGUUGUAGUUCAUAGCGUGACAUUUUCAGAAUCUCAAAAAAUCUGUUUUUAAUGUGACAUUUGGUUACUGUUUUAAUGGCAUAAAAAACUAUGUGUGAUCAUUUUUUUUUAUAAUCAGGAAUUUUAAUUUUUGUACUUCAAUGAAAUUUAAAAAAUGAUUUACAUUAAUUUUUGUACUUCAAUGAAAUUUAAAAAUUUGUUUUAUCUCCACCAUACAAUGUAAAAGUUUUCAAAGCCUGUAUUUAUUGGUAUUCUUAUUUGUUAAAGAACAAAUUCUAGAUUAUAAUAAAACAUCCCUUUUGCUCAGAAUAUUUUUUAAAACUAUUACAUUCCAAUAUUUGUUGUUGUUUAGAUUGUAACAAAACUGUUAUUUAAAAAAAUGAAAUGAAUAGACAAUAUUUAAUUGUUGUAUAUGUUUUGUGCUAAUGUGUUGUAACUAUGGUAUUUUAUCUAUAGUUUGUUUGGCUUUAAUGUUAUCUUAGGCUGCUUCAUACAUGUUAAGGCAUUACAUGGAAGACAGGUAUAGAAACAGGUUCUUUACCGAAAUUAUGUUUGUAAAAUUAAUAAUAACUUUGAAUAAUUAAAAAUUUUGUAUUCUUGUUAAUUUAUAGAUUCUAAUUUAGUGCAAUGAUGUGUUUCGAAACACUGCCUGUACACAUUGAUUAAAAAGCAUUUGUUUGAAGAAUGAAAUAUUGAUUUAAUUAAGAUACUAAUUAAAAGAAUUUUCGUGAAAAGGAAUAUUGAUUUUUUGUUCAUAAUCUUUAUUUAAUAAACUUAAGAUACUAAUUAAAUGUAUUUGAAGUGACAAGUUGUGCAAUAUUCCAUGUAUGAUCUCAUUUGCUAAAUUCAUUUGCAUUUAAUACUUUUAUGGCAUAGAAAUUGAAUUGUGUUGGAAAAUUUCAUUGGCAAAGUUUGUGAAUAAUUUUAACUAUAAAAGAUAGUCUUGCUGUUGGAAUAGCAUUUAUAAUGGUGCAAAAUUCAACAAAUAAACCAGUGACAAUAAAUGUAGUUACAGAUAUAGGCUUUCCUUGAUGAUUUUACCAGUUGAAAUCGGUCAUUGUUAUGAAUUGAUUAUGCAAUUAAAACAGAAGAAUUUUGUUUCAAGUCAUCAUGUUCUUUUCCGUCCUUGAUCUUUCUUUUUCUCUAGUUCAGUCCGUUUAAAAUUUGUUUGUGUUAAAAGUUAUUGUUUACUGUUUUGUUUUUUUUAUCAAUAAAAUAUUACUAUUUUA